GUUGGGCUGGCUGCCUAUGCGUGAACUUCUUUCUAUGAGUAACAGUGUUUGUGAUCUGGACUAAUUUGGAACUACUGUGGUUGAAAUGACUCCAGACUCGCAAACAGAUAAAUCAAUGGCAACAUCUACGCCACCUGCUUCCGAAUUGCCAUAUGAUAGCGAGCAAGGGAAGGUUCCCUCGCUUCUCACUGUAUGCCUGCUAAUUGAUAUUCCGGUUAUUAAAGCGAUAUUAGAUAAAUCUAAGCUCGCCUGGCAAAGAGUAAAGGAGGACAGUCCUGCAGCUAAGUGGUCACUAAGUGCUGUCGAACUUACAGCAAGAAGUGCUGCCAAACAGGGUCGUAUCUUAGGGUGGCUUUUCAGGAUUCCGAUCGGCAUCGCAGAUCGCGCUGUAAGUGGACGCAUUAUAGAAGCAGAGAGGAGGUGGCCGAUUUUGAAGGAAUCUCCGAACAAAGUUGUCGAAGUCACAAUGGAAAGAUUAAGAGGUCGACUGUGGUCUUGUUACACUGCCUCUGGGGUCGUCGCCGCAGACGGGAAGCGCGUGGUCGCAGCUUUAGCGGACUUCACACGGAAGGUGGUGAGCUCUGUGCAGACUUCAGUACAACAGUCUCUGACGAACUUCGAAGAUCUCGUGGACGAGAUGGCAUCGAGGGCUGCAGGUGAAUCGCGAGUUGUGGAAGGGCAUUCUUCUGGGACAUCCGAAGCCUCAGGGCCUCCAGCUGCGAGGCCACCAGUCACGGGGCUGGUGAGGAGGGCACUGGAGAGCGGCCUCUACCUCUGCGUCGGCGGCGCCGUCUGCGCGCUGUCCGCCGUCCCGGUUGUGGGUCGCUUCGCCGAGGCGCUACGGGAGAGCGCCGGGCCGCAGCAGCCAGAGGCGGGGAGCCGCCAGAUGUCUCCACGAGCGUCGCCCGCGCCCAGCUCUCGCACGUCCAUGCGGUCACCGACUGUCGACGGAAAAGAAUGA